AUAACACCUAAUCAAACACUUGCAACCAAGUCAGUAAAAGGAAAAAAGAAGGAUAAGAAUUGGAUUACUAUACUACUUUGUACGAAUACAUCUGAUACAGAUAAACUUAAAUUACUAGUUAUUGGAAAGUUGGCAAAUUCUCGAUGUUUCAAAAAUAUUCGAAAGAAAAAUCUUGAUGCCAAAUAUGAAGCGAACAAAAAGGCAUGGAUGACAA